UGAACAAGUGGCUGUUCAUGCAAGAACGAAUUUCUCCUUAGUCAUUAUCAGAACAAAGUUACAGGCCAAGGGCAUCCUGACAGGAGGGAGUGGUAAGAAGAGGUGACACCGCCCUGAUUUGUGCAGGGGAGAAGGCGGAGGGGCCCCUGAUAGCGAGAGAAACUGCCAAGCUCAGGGAGCCGCCCACCAUGAGUGUUUGGAUAGCUGGGGUCUGAUAACACCUCUGUGGUCUUUCUCUGGAACCCGUCUCCAUGGUGCCUUUGACCUCUAAAGAAGGAGACUAUAAAACCCAGAGGAUGAUUUUCUCCUCUCAGUCUAGGUGUGGGGAGCACCUCUGUUCUGCAGGAGGGGACUAGCAGCAGGGACGAUGGCGGCACUGCAGGAGAAAAAGUCAUGCAGCCAGAGGAUGGAGGAAUUCCAGCGCUACUGCUGGAACCCGGACACGGGGCAGCUUUUGGGCCGGACCCUGUCCCGGUGGGUGUGGAUCAGCCUCUACUACGUGGGCUUCUACGUGGUGAUGACCGGAAUCUUCGCCCUAUGCAUUUACUCGCUGAUGUGUACGCUUGAUCCAUAUACACCUGACUACCAAGACCAGCUAAAGUCACCAGGGGUGACCUUGAGGCCAGAUGUCUAUGGGGAAAAAGGCCUGGACAUUUCCUACAACGUCUCUGAUAACAGGACCUGGACGGACCUAGUAUCCAUCCUCCAUAACUUCCUGGCAGGCUACUCGCCAGCAGCCCAAGAGGACAACAUAAACUGCACCUCUGAGAAGGUAUUCACCCAGGAAAGCUUCAGGGCCCCUAACCACACCAAGUUCUCCUGCAAGUUCACAGCAGACAUGCUGCAAAACUGCUCAGGCCUGGUGGAUCCCAACUUCGGCUUUGAGGAAGGAAAGCCAUGUUUUAUUAUUAAAAUGAACAGGAUCGUCAGGUUUCUCCCCAGCAACAAAACAGCCCCCAGGGUGAACUGCGCCUUCCUGGACCAGCAGCACCAGGACGUCCAGCCCCUGCAGGUGGAAUACUACCCACCCAACGGCACCUUCAGUCUACACUAUUUCCCUUACUACGGGAAGAAAGCGCAGCCCCACUACAGCAAUCCUUUGGUUGCUGCAAAGCUUCUCAAUGUCCCCUGGAACACAGAAGUUGUCAUCGUGUGCAAGAUCCUGGCGGAGUAUGUGACCUUUGACAACCCUCAUGACCCCUAUGAAGGAAAAGUAGAGUUCAAGCUUAACAUUCAGAAGUAAAGGAGCAAAGAGGCUGGCCUUGACCUGCAGGGAAACUUGCCGACCUCUGCCCUCGACUGCCUGCCCAGCUUCCAAACAAUCUAAAAAGCCAACACUGAAGUCAGCUCAGUAACUCUAGACAGGCACCUGUGCGUCAGGCACUUAAUAUUAGAAUCAACUACUUCUUAUUAAAUCUUUAUUACUUUUUUAGAUAGACUUUGGAGCUAUGAUAAAAAUGUUAACAUGAUAACCUUAAGCCAACAGCUAUCUAACUAACAAGGCCCUUAAAAUGAUUCAUCUCUUUCAAUAUAGACAUCACUUUUCUUAUUAUAACUUAUUUUUCUAUGCUUCAGUGACUAUCCAUGUAACAGAAAGACUAUUAACGCACUGACUUAAAACAUGACAUGAUAAUGUACACUCUGAAUAUUUGCUUUAAAGAAUGCAAUUCCUAAACUGUAAAAAUAAAUAUAUUAAAGUCACCUUUACAUAAAAGUCAUAUCUUUCCUGAUAAGGGGAAAAAUUACUAAGAAAUCAAAUAUCUUUCCUUAAAAACAUUCUUUUUAAUGUUUCAAUUGCAAGUCAGGGAAAUUACAAAACAACGUUGGAGUGGGGCUAUCACCUGAGAACAGGCACAAUUACAGGACGCUAAGGACGUAAGACGCAAGGGUGUCAUCAAUGUGACAGAAUCUAUAAACCAGACGUAAUUACAAACAGUAGUUAAUCUUCCUUUCAUCAAGCACAAGUCCCUCCCCUUCAA